UAAUCCACAUUGGGAGCGGACAGUUUGAAGACGUGCGACCAGAGACACAAUUUGAGGAAUACUCGGAUUAAUGUCAUUUAUUUUUCGUCUGUCUAUGAGCACGACCAAGUAAAUUAUAUUUGGCGGAUUUAAACAAGCACUUUUUACUAGGGAGAACUCGAGAACGACCUUCAUUCAGGUUGAGGUGAAGAGACUUGUCACCACACUUGUUGAUUGUUAAAUAUUUUUUUGUAUUAUUUAGGCAAUAGUUUAAUAGCCUAUAGUUGAAUUGAACAGAACAACAUCGAAUGUAUAAGCCAAAUAUGUAGACACGUAUCUGUAUCCUAUACUUAUUUGUCAUUUGGAUUUUUUUGCCCGUUCUUAUUUUUCGAAAUAAUCCACAUUCCCUGCAACCUACGAUGUUCCCUUGUCCAGUUUAUGUUUUUGAAUAGCCUUUUUCGGAUUUGCACUAUCCACUAGUUGGGACACAAGACCCACCUGUUGCAUUUCGAGGCAAAACUCAUAAAACAGGAAUGUCACAACUAGAGAUCGACGUGGCCGGACUGGGUUUCUCCAAAUUACCUGCUGGGUUCGACGCCAACUCCUGCUUCCCUGGCCGAAUACCACCAAGGCGAAGGAGACACUCGGCAAACUCCAGGAGAAACUCGUACAGGUUGAGCAAAAUAAAUACCUUGGAUUUGGAGCCUGAAGUUUACAAUGAUGCCCCUCUCUCCAAAACUCACUCCUGGUCUGCUGAUGAUAUUUUAGCCGAAACAGCGGCAGAGGAGAAAAAGGUGGACUCCUCAGCACCAGCUUCACCUGUCUCAAGCCCGGGAACGAGCACGUGCUCACCCCCUGGUACCCAAGCGUCAGACCCCAAACCACCUCUUGAUACCUGGGACGCGCCACAGCCCAGCUCACAAGCACAGGGCACAAGUUCAGAUUCCGAGGAAGAAAUCACUGACAAAAAGGUCAUUUUAUCUCGAGCUCCAUUUGAAAGAAAACGGGAGCAAGAGGAAAAGGAUGAAAUUGAAACCAAAGCCGUGGCGACGUCACCUGAUGGAAGGUUCCUCAAAUUCAACAUUGAAAUUGGGAGAGGGUCGUUCAAGACGGUGUACAAAGGCCUGGAUACGGAGACAACAGUAGAAGUGGCAUGGUGUGAGCUACAGACGCGGAGGCUGACGAAGGUGGAGCGCCAGCGUUUCAGUGAGGAGGUGGAGAUGCUGAAGGGGCUGCAGCACCCCAAUAUUGUCCGCUUCUACGACUCCUGGAAGGACAACUGCAAGGGCCACAAGUGCAUCCUUCUGGUCACCGAGCUCAUGACAUCAGGCACCCUCAAGACGUACCUGAAGAGGUUCAAGGAGAUGAAGCUGAAGCUGUUGCAGCGCUGGAGCCACCAGAUCCUGAAGGGCCUCCACUUCCUCCACACCCGCACCCCGCCCAUCAUCCACAGGGACCUCAAGUGUGACAACAUCUUCAUCACCGGCCCCACAGGCUCCGUCAAGAUCGGCGAUUUGGGCCUGGCCACACUAAAGAGUGCCUCGUUCGCCAAGAGUGUCAUUGGGACUCCUGAGUUCAUGGCUCCAGAGAUGUACGAGGAGAAGUAUGAUGAGGCGGUGGACGUCUAUGCCUUUGGGAUGUGCAUGCUUGAGAUGACCACGUCUGAGUACCCCUACUCCGAGUGCCAGAACGCCGCCCAGAUCUAUCGUAAAGUCACCAGCGGAAUUAAGCCGGACAGCUUCUUCAAAGUAAAGGUCCCUGAGUUGAAAGGGAUCAUAGAGGGAUGCAUCCGCAUAAAUACAGACCAGAGGUACACCAUCCAAGACCUGCUGGAACACACCUUCUUCAAGGAGAACAAUGGCGUCCAUGUUGAGCUGGCGGAGGAGGACGACACGGUGAAGUCUGGCCUGAAGCUGUGGCUGCGUAUGGACGACACCAAGAAGCUGCAUGGGAAGUACAAGGACAACAACGCCAUCGAGUUCCUGUUUGAACUCUACAAGGACGUACCCGAGGAGGUGGCCCAGGAGAUGGUGGUGCUGGGCUUCGUCUGUGAGGCAGAUUACAAGCUGGUGGCCAAAGCCAUCCGGGACCGUGCCACCGCCAUCAAGCGGCAGCGGGAGAAGCAGCGCCGGAUGGCUGAGGAGGCCUUGCGCCAACAACAGGAAACUGUCAUUGAGGAAGAACCAGAGUUGGCCCCCGAGCCAGAACCGCCCACCCCCAAACCUCAAAUAGCCCUUCCCAUUAAACAGCCCGCCCCUGUCUCGUCACCCCCUGCCCAGAGUCCGCCCACGAUGGUGUCGAGGCCGGUGAUAUCCGUGGCUAACGGCUCGGUGGAUUCGGGGAUCAACGCCAGCUUCACAGCAGAGACGGAGGAGCAGGAGGCAGACCAGCGGCUGCACUACAACAUCAGACAUGCCAGCUACUCCUCUGCCACGUCCGACUGCGAAAUGGACGGCUACCUGAGCUCCUCUGGCUUCCAGGAUCCCGGGGAUCCCCAUCUCCAGCCUCCUGUUAAUUUCGCCCCUUCCUCCAUCACGCCUGUUCCGUUGCCCCUGGAGAUCCCUCGCAUCGAGGCCCUGGCCAUCAAGGCUCCUCCCCCUGAUGCUCCACCAAUCCCAGCUCUCCGCUUCCCCUCGAGUAUUGCUGUAUCCAACACUACCAUGCCUCAGUCAGGAAAUGCCAGUGGUUUCUCUUCUCCUGUCGACAGCUAUGCCUCUGAUGUGACAUCAGGCUUGAGUGAUGGCAAUGAGGGCCUAUCAGAAAAGAGUGCCAACAAACGUACCGGUACCAAGCUCUUCAGGAGGAGAGCCCGCUCACGCUUACGAAUCACUGGGUUGUCUGACAAAGUGGACCGUGUGGUGGAGUGUCAGCUCCAGACUCAUAACAGUAAGAUGGUGACCUUUAAGUUUGACCUGGACGGAGACAACCCGGAGGACAUUGCUGCUGUCAUGGUCCACAAUGAGUUCAUCCUUCCCUCUGAGCAGGAGGGCUUCAUCUACCGCAUGCGUGACAUCAUCAAGCGUGCAGAGGCCCUGAUGAAGAGGGGUGAGCCCCUGAGUCUGGGGGACGCUGCCCACCAGCUCUACCCCUACCUCAGCGAAGUGGGCACCCUGUCCGCCUCGCAGCCAAACUUACAUGCGCAUGGACUGGAACGGACACAUUCCUCUUCAUCUUUGCCCGACUUUGCUGAGGGCAGCGUUGCUCAGCUCCGAGGCUCGUCUCCUGUGGCGCCUGUUGGAGACUUCUACAUCGACCCAAAGGCAGUCCCUUCUGUUCGCCCCCUCCGCUCUCAGUCCUUCCAGACCACGUCAAGUUCUUCUCAGACCUUCCACCCGCCUGCUUCCCAUUACCCCCAGUAUUCCCACCCCAAGGCCGUGCCCCCCGUGAUGCCCCUCAAUCAGCUGCUUCCACUGCCCCAGCAGUACCCCAAGCCCCCCUAUGUCCCCAACACCCACUUCCCCUUCCCUUACCCUUUCACCCAGACCUCCUCAAAGCCCGCCAGCACCCCCCUCACCCCCGAAACCCUCCACCGGGUCCUAAGCAACUCCAACCUCUCCUCCUCUUCCCCAUCCCCUUCCUCCUCCCCGGCCAAGCCGGCCACCCCAGGGCAGCAGCAGGGGGGUGAAACGUUACCUCUGAAGGGUGAGGUAGUGGGCAGUACCCCCCAGCCCACCCCUCCAGCCCAACAGCAGCAGAACCCAGGCAUGUGGCCCCCCAACAGCCACAACCAGCCCCUCUUUUCCCUGGCCAACGUGUUGUCCCUGGCCAUGAGCGUGGCCCAGUCCUUCAUGCCCCCCACCUCCAUGCCCAGCGGUCUGAACCCAGCCCAGUCUAGCUCCUACCACCCCUCCAUGUUUGGCCCUUCCCAGCUGAUGCCAGGGGAGGGCCCCUACCAACCCCAGGGCCAGAUAACAGCAGGCCAGUAUCUGGACAUGUGCCAGCAGUAUGCAGACACCCAGGCUCUGCACCAACAGGGCCUGUUGAAAGCCAACGUAGCCCGAGGGUUACCCCAGCCUGGCGGGCUAGUGGAUGGGACUGCUUUCAGGCAAGCUGGCUCCAGCCUCUCUCCUCCAGGAUCCAGGGUGAGCCCCCAGAUGUAUUGCCAGCUGGGGCCCAGGGUGGGGUUCCAGGAGCAGACAGACAGCUCAGCCUCCACCUCUAUCACCAGCUCCCCCUCCUCCUCAGCUCCGGCCAGCCCACAGAGCACCGUGUCUUCACCCAAGCUAAGAACCUCUUCACCCCUGGUGGUGUCAGAGUUGGGAGCAAACGCUGCCAAAAACAGACUGUCACCUAUCUCUGAGGAGAAAAAGCCUACAGUUACCGUCGGACGUUUCCAAGUCACACCCAGCAGAGUGAUCCCUGCAGCCUCCGCUAGCCCCGCCCAGGAUCCUCCCCAAACCCACCCACAACACCAAACCCCGCCCACAGUCACCGUUAGCACCAGCCCUUCCUCCCGGGACAGUGAAUCUGAUACCAGCACCGAGGAGCAGGGGGGCGAAUCAGAAAGCAGCGUUAGCACCUUAACCGUGUCCCCUCCCCAGCGAUCCCCCGGCGGGCCCCUGUGUAACCUAGACAUCGCCCAGUCCUUGCCUGGAGGCCCUAAGCAGACAGAGCAGGAGGACCAGCAGGAGAGUGAGGAGGAGCCAGACAAGGAGCCAGACAAGGAGCCAGACAAGGAGAAGAAGGAGGGAGAGGAGGAUGAGGAGGAGGAGCUGAGGAGAAGGGGGGGUCGGAGGCUGAGCCUGAGCCUGUGGGAGGGUACAGCGGGGAGCCCCCAGUUCAGUGGGAGCAACCUGAACCAGCCCUGGAUGAGCUACACGCGCAGCGCCUCGUAUGUCAGCAGUGACGAGACAGAAAGCGAGAACGAGGAUAUGUGCGAGGAGCUACAGGAACUCAGGGACAGGCACCUGUCAGAGGUGCAGGCCCUCCAGCUCACUCAGAAGAGGGAGAUUGAGGCGCUGUAUGAGCGGAUGGGAAAGGUGCCUCCCCCAGGUAUCGUGUCCCCUGCUGCCAUGCUCAACAACCGCCAGAGGCGCCUCUCCAAGAGCGGCAACUACCCCGGCUUGCGUAGGAACAGCCUGCAGAGACUGGAUAUACUGCCCCCUGCAGGGAUCAUGCGUAAAAACUCAGUCAGUGGCAGCAGCAGUGGCUCUCAGGAGAGGUCCAGUAAAGGGGUGACCUUUGCCCCCGACUACAACCGGAUGUGAGACGUGUCUCCCUGUGUGAUCCGGAGAACUGGGGGUUGGGGCAGGUGAUACUGUGGCCAGCCGCCUCCCCUCCCAACCACCAACCAGGAAGAGAGGGAGCCCAAUGAUGACCAAUACGUUGCCCAGCCCAGUGCUGAACAGAUAGCUCCCAGCCUGAGCCCUGGGAUGGGGAAACCGAAUGAACAGAAGACAUGGGCCUUUUCUGAAUUGGAUUCUCCCAACUCCUGCGUCCUCUUUCCUCUGUCCUCUCUCGUCUCCUUUUGAAAAAGGUCAUUGAGGAAAGGUAGCAAGGAGAGUGAACGAGGACGAAAAUGUGCUUGUAAGAAAUUAAACUUUUUCUCCACUCAGGCAAAUGACGUUUACAGGGGUGGAUCCCAAAAUAAAUUUGUAGAGUGAUAAAAACAAAUGAAGUUAGUUGUUCAAUACAUUUUAUAGAUACAACUAUAAGUAGCAUAUUGUUUGUAAACAUGUGCAUGCUUUUCUCCAUCAACAAAACAAAAGCUGAUUCAAACGCGGUGUGGCAGAUUUAUAAGUUCUUCCGUGAAGGACUCAGGUAGGAGACCAUUGACUAUCAUCUAUGAAAGAUGGCUAACAAGGAGGAAGAACACUCUUCUGUUCGCCUUGACCACUUAUGAGUUUCUGAGUCACGGAGGAGAGAGGACGAAGGAGAGGUUGGAGGACAGACUUUUUCCCAAAUGAAAAAAGGCCAUGGUCAUCCACAUCACUAAACACUCCUCCUAACGACGAUGGAUAAGGAUCCCAUUGUCAGAGCACCAAAGCAUCCUAUCUGCCAUCUGGUCCAUGUGCAAUACCAUGAGUUCGUAUUGUGACACCAAUCCAAGGAUGUCACCCUCCCCAUCUUAAGGAUGCUAAGCUUAUAUAGCUGUGUGUAGCAUCAGGUCAAGUGGAAAGUGAGCAUAUGAAGGCUAAUUGUGUGUGUUUCUGCAUGUGCUCUUAUGCGUUUGCUGCCUGUGCCCUGGAAAACACACGUCCCAGAAGCCCUGCUCUCUCCUGCACCUCGUCAUCCAACUGCUGCAAGCAGGAACUCCUCUUAAUACAAUAUGACCCUAUUCAAUCCGAAGUGCUGAAGAUCUGCUUAAUGUUGAAAUGGACAACUAAAGGUAAUGUUCCUGCGGUCGUGGAGACUGUAUUCACGGUAAACGCUGCAUAUGUCUGCUCAAUCGGAAAAAACCUUAACAUUUUUUAUGUGGGUCAUCUGCGAUACUUCGGCGAUAUGGAUCAAAUCCAGCCCUAGCUAGACAGUGUUUUACUGUCCAGAUGUUAUGAAUCAAGAGAUAAGAUAGCUUUAGCAGGAUGAGAUGUAAUCAUUGCCUUCAAAACAGUGCCUUUGUAGGGAUUGUAGUAUUGUUUCAAGUUGGUAUUUGAAGGGUUUGGAAUAUUGCGUAAGGAAUAUGGGAUGAACAAAUAUGCAUCUAAUGUAUUGACCGGCAAGUCAGGUCAGCAGUUUUCCAUUUUGCAGCUCCGCUUACUUGGCGUGCCGGGUGAACUAAAUCAAGUGCACCUAAAUAAGAGUCAAUCCAAGCUGCCUGCAAGUAUCAGCAAAACAUCAGAGCUGUAUUUGGUGUAAACAAAUGUUCAUGAAGCAACACAAAUCACACAUGGUGCAUGAAAAACUAAAUGUCACUUUACUGAACUUACACUGAACAAAAAUAUAAACGCAACAUGUAAAGUGUUGGUUUCAUGAGCUGAAGUAAAAGAUCCCAGAAAUGCUCCAUAUGCACAAAAAGCUUGUUUCUUUAAAAUUACAUUUGUUUACAUCCCGGUUAGUGAGCAUUUCUCCUUUGCCAAGAUAAUCAAUUCUCCUGACAGGUGUGGCAUAUCAAGAAGCUGAUUAAACAGCAUGGUCAUUACACAGGUGCACCUUGUGCUGGGAACAAUGAAAGGUCAUUCUAAAAUGUGCAGUUAUGUCACACAAUACAAUGCCACAGAUGUCUCAAGUUUUGAGGGCGCGUGCAAUUAGCAUGCUGACUGCAAGAAUGUCCACCAGACCUGUUGUCAGAGAAUUGAUCGUUCAUUUCUCUGCCAUAAACCAACUCCAACUUCGUUUCAGAGAAUUUGGCAGUACAUCCAACCGGCCUCACAACCACGUGUAUGGCGUUGUGGGGUGAGUGGUUUGCUGAUUACAACGUUGUGAACAGAGUGUCCCAUGGUAGCGGUUGGGUUAUGGUAUGGGCAGGCAUAAGCUACGGACAGCGAACACAAUUGCAUUUUAUCGAUGGCAAUUUGAAUGCACAGAAAUCCGUAGCGUGCCGUGGUUCUGGGGCCUGGGCCUUCAGUGAAGUCCUACACAGUCCCACCCGAAUUAAUCCACCUCUUAUUACCAUUAAUAUGAUGCCAUGGCUCUAGACACUAUACAUUUAGACAGUAACGCAGUAUAACCAGGCGUUGCGUCACCUUGAAAUUGACAUUUUUAUUCAGAGAAUUGCAGGGGAAGAGUACAAUACCUUUUCAUUGUGCAGCUUUGUUGCCCUGCGCGCUUGUUCGUUGAGCUGUAGAUCCACUCGGGUGUCCCCAAAAGUUUUCAAAAGCACCAUUGCUUGUAAGUGCCCAGCCGUACUUUGGUGUCUCGUUGCUGCCUUGGUUAGACAACUCAGGUUUGCAAAGCCAGUGUGGCUCCAAACACCAAAUCGAUCACUUUCAAAUAAUAGGCAUUCCCAGCAGUACAGUUUGCAGUGCUUCUCGGAGCCUGUGUCAUUGAUAGCGCCCAUAAUUGAAAGUGGCGAACGAACCCCUUUCCCGCCUGUGACAGGCUUUGGAGUGUCGGCGUCUACCUCUCCUGACAAUGUCUAACUUUUCUUGAAAAGUUUGUCUUGAGAAUGGCGUUGUAAUUAUAUCCUCGACCAAAUCGAUAUCUUCUCCUUCCGCCAUUGUGGGUUGAAAAAACAGCUUAGUAGUACGCAAAUUAAUUCGUUGAUCAAUUUCAGUUUCCUAGUUCUGAGACCUGCCCAUAUAGGACCUGCCUCUCAAUAUUGGUAAUCCAAUCAAAAGAUGUGCACGCACUACGCCCGCUAGCUGGCUCCUGUGUAACACUGGAGCCAGCCAGCAGGCGUACAAUAGCCAAUUCUAAAGCUGAUUGGUUGACACUAAAUUUUAAUUUCCAUUCACUUUAAGCUACAAGCGCCCGCACUGAUGAUUCUGAAGGCCUGAGGGCAGAUUUUAGACCCCUGGCAACACAUGAUGGCUGAAUAUGAUUGGAUAAAAUAUCUAACAUAAAGACCAGCCCUCCAAAUCUCAACCUGGGGCUGGAAGCAGUGCAACCAAGAGGAACGCUAUGAAAUGAAGAGUGUAACUCUUACUCUGGGGAAUAAUUUAAUACAUAUUUGUGGGAAAAUAUAUUUAAAAAACAAAUUAUAUUCUGAUGAUGUUUAGGCCAGCAGAGAAGACCUUGCUGGCCCUGACGGCCCACCACUGACAGAAAUACCGUGACGAGAUCGUGAGGCCCAUUUUUUGUUAAGGUAUAUGUGACCAACAGAUGCACAUCUGUAUUCCCUGUCAUAUGAAAUCCAUAGAUUAGGGUCUAAUGAAUUUAUUUUUAAUUGCUGAUUUCCUUAUAUGAACUGUAAACCAGUAAAAUCUUUGAAAUUGUUGCAUGUUGCGUUUAUAUUUUUGUUCAGUAUACAAACACUCCAGGUCUUAUAAUAUACUACAUGUUGUUAAUUUGUUACUCACUCUCUAUGGCCUAGUAGUAAAGAUACUGGGUGUCACUUAUCAGACUUCAUUUUUUAAGCAUAGAAUGGACGCUUAUGCUUUAAAAAUGUAUUUUAUCUUCGGAUUGAUACAAUGCACUUUCCAUAGGGGUCGUUCACUAUUAGUAUUGAACAAUUGCGUCCCUACAAAUAAUAGCGGGGUAAAGAUUUAUAGUUAUAUAUUUUAAAUCGGUAUGCGUGCCUACGCAUUUAGUGUUGGUAAUUAUUUGAUUCAUGACAAAGAACUGAAGCUGUGAAGAAUUCUGAGCUAUUUGCCUUAAAGUAUGCACAUGGGGAAAGAUUGCAGUAGAACACAGGAAAUUACUCAGAUUGUGUUCUUCUAAAUCAAGACAUCAACAGUAAAUAUACAAUGAACUCUAUUUUGUUGUCAAUCAUGUUUCUAGAAAACAUACUGCCAUGCAGAUUCUGUGCCUUUACCAUAUUUUUUUUAACCUUCCAAGCGUGAUUGGUUUUUAAAUCAUAUUUGUAAAUAUUGCUAAUAAAAUGACUAUUCAACAUCA